AUGCUAUCCACUGUAUUAUUAUUCACGCUAUUCACUUUAAUUAAUAGUGUUACUGCCUCGACUAUCUCUGAUGACCAAUAUCUUUAUAGAUCAAUGGCAGAAGAAAAAGACUUCAAAUUUUUUAUAGCUUUUUUAAAUGAUUUUGAUACAAACUAUCCUUCAUAUACAUCUUAUAUGAUUGAAAAUAAGUUAAAAUUGCCACAACAAGUUGCUGAUUAUUAUAAUCACUUAGCUAAAUUACCAAGCACAAUAGAUUUAGAACUGGAUAUUAUUAAUUCUUUCCCAUAUACCGAAUUUCAAACAUUCGUAACAAAUUUUCCUUGGUAUUCAUCACUUCUAAAACAAGGUGAUAUUACUACAAUGUAUUUACCAAGAGAUUUUAUUAGUGUCAGCAAUGAAGAAAGUUCUAUGUUAGAUUCUGUCACUACUACUACUACUAAUACAACUACAAAUUCUAUAAGUGCACAAUCAUCAAGGAACAAUACGAAUUCUUCCACUUUAUUUAGUUCUAGCUCAUCAACUGAAACAACGAAGACUUCAAAGACUUCAAAUAAUGGUAUUCCUCCUUCUAAUACCAUGUCUUUAUCGGCUCCAUUGUAUAUGUUAGUCAUAGUUAUGGGGAUACUACUAUAG